UCGCAUUGUCCUAAUUGGGGCUUCUGUCUAUCAGUCAAAAAAAUAUUUACUGCUGGCAGGUGGUGCUUUAACAGAGUUCCAGGUGUGUGGGACGAGAAACAGGAAGUUCAUCAUUCGGAAUCGAAAGAGGGAUCAAACAUGUCCAAUGAUGUCAGAUAUUGUGAGAAGUUCUCCUACGUCUUCCUAAAGUUCGCCCUCAUUGUAUAUUCCACUAUCUUCUGGCUGGUUGGGGGGUUCGUCCUAGCCAUCGGUAUCUAUGCGGAGGUGGAGCGGCAGCGCUAUAAAACCCUGCAGGGGGUGUUCCUGGCCCCCGCCAUCAUCCUCAUCGUCCUGGGGGUGGUGAUGUUCAUUGUCUCCUUCAUCGGUGUGUUAGCCUCCCUCAGGGACAACCUGCUGCUCCUCAAAGUGUUUCUCUACACCUUGACAGUCUGUCUUAUUCUGGAGCUCCUCGGUGGCAUCCUGGCUCUGGUUUUCAGGCAUCAGACAGUGGAUCUCUUAAACAAAAACAUUCGCAAAGGAAUGGUGAAUUACUACGAUGAUCUGGAUUUCAAGAACAUCAUGGACUUUGUUCAGAGAAAGUUCAAAUGUUGUGGAGGGCAGGAGUACAAAGACUGGGAAGUGAACAUGUACCAUAACUGUACAGCUCCUGGACCGCUGGCUUGUGGAGUGCCUUACACCUGCUGCCUCGGAAACAAGCCUAAUGAAGUUGCCAACACACUAUGUGGAUUUAAGGUCCUUCAAAAUGAGAGGCUGGCCUUGCAGGAAGUCAUCUACAUCAGAGGUUGUACUGAUGCUGUCUUCAUCUGGCUCAUGGAUAACUAUAAGAUKAUGGCUGGCUUGCUGCUUGGCAUCUUAUUCCCCCAGUUCUUGGGCGUGAUCAUUAGCUGGCUCUACAUCACACGAGUAGAGGAUGCCAUUGCUGAGUAUGGUAACUACCAGGAUGGACUGCUGGACGCAGGAGACAGUGAUGGCUUCAGGGAACCCAAGAAGCAAGGCAGAAUGGCCAAAUGUUGCAGGUGCAUGCCAGAGAURGACUGAGCGUGCCUCAUGUUAUCUAAUUAGCCUAAAACACUGCUGUGCCUGCCUCAGCCUUCCAACACACUGGAGCUAUCAGCUCCAGUUUUACAACCACUGUUCAGAGACCUUUUAGUGUGUGUUUUUGGUUCUAUUCAGGGAUUGUUUUUUUUUCAGGGGUUCAUUUAUUAAGGUUUUAUUAGGAUGGAAGGGUAUACAUACCAGUGUGUGCCUGUAAAAAAAUACAUCGCUUUUUAUUAUUAUAUUUUUUUCCUCCUCCUGAAGUGUCGAUUUUAUAUAUAGAUUUACAGCAAAAACAUUUAACAUUUUCUGUCAUACUAAAUACAAAUAUGUAGCUCACUAGCCAGCCCCUCAUAGGAAUUCCAGUAUUUCAAUCAUUAUUACCUCAGACUCCUGUAUUGAUGCCAAUCAAUUAAAUYGGACAUUUUUAGCUGUUCAAAGAGAUAUUUUCUAUGGUGAAUUUUAUGGAGGGUACCUACCUUGAUUUUCAUAAUCAUUGGAGAUGUCAUGGGUUCAACACAUUAAAGGAUUAGUUCGGGAUUUUGGCAAUGAGGCCCUCCAUCUACUUCCCCAGAGUCCGAUUAACUCGUGGAUACCAUUUGUAUGUAC